UAUAGCAUCAACCACAUUUGACACAGGACAGGUGAGGAGACAGGGUCAUUCAGAGGAUCCAGCACAGUGGACUGAACUUUAGAGGAGACAACCAAGCUUAGAGGUGUAAGGAGAAACUGUUGGAAAGGUACAGCUGGAGAUAAAUUUAGGCCAAAUACUCAGCCAGAAAAGCCAACAGGUGGAGUGUUAUAAUUCUCCUGAACAACUUGGAGUGGACAAAGACUGGACCAGAUUUAAAUCUUCAGUUUUAAAGCAAAGACAUCCACGCUUUGUCAGUUUGAGCUAAUUCAGUUGAGAGAUCAACCUGAGGGGAGAUUUGAGAUACCUGUAGGAGUUGUUACUUGUAGCGGAGGUUGAAGCAUCAGUGUCAGAAUGUGUUCAGGCGGCUUUGCCAAAUGUCUGGGGAUCAGCCUGAUGCCUCUGUCGAUUGUGUGUGUGCUGUGUAACAUCCUGCUCUUCUUCCCGGGGGGAAAAUCUGUGGUGAGCGAACACAUCACGCAGGAAGUCUGGUACUUUGGAGGCAUUCUGGGAUCUGGAGUGCUGAUGAUCUUCCCGGCUCUGGUCUUCCUGGGUCUGAAGAACAAUGACUGCUGCGGUUGCUGUGGCAACGAAAGCUGUGGGCGGAGAUUUGCGAUGCUGAGUUCCAUACUGUUUGCAGCCGUGGGUGUUGUAGGGGCUGGUUACUCAGUCAUAGUUUCUGCUGUGGCCAUAAACCACGGCCCUCGGUGUAUGUUCAGCUUCAAUGAAACCGUCAAGAUCUGGGACACUCCCUUCUCAAAUGGUGACUAUCUGUCCAACAAAACCUACUGGACGAUGUGUUUAGAGCCGCAGGGCGUGGUGUCCUGGCAUCUCUCUCUGUUCUCUGUGCUGCUGGUCAUGGGUUUGAUCCAGAUGGCACUGUGCGCUGUGCAAGUGGUGAACGGCCUGCUGGGAUGUCUGUGUGGGGACUGCUGUGGUUGCUGUGGAGGGAGCGAUGGAACCGUCUGAGCACUUCCUGCAGCCGUGGCAGUCUGCAGGCGGCUGUUUCCUGUAUUUAUUCUAAUAAUAGAGGGUGACAGGUAGUUUCUCACUUCGUGCCAUUUAGCAUUAAGUUUUUUUCACAAGAGCUCAUUGAUUACAUUGUGUUUACUAUCUGACAACACUGGUGAAAUGACAGAGCUCUACUUUACAGGGUUUCUUGUUUACUUUCUACCACACACUAAUGACUCCAUCCUCUCAUUGUUAAAUCUGAAUGUGUAUUUUUGGCUCUUUACUGUCGUACACUGACCACUGCAGUUAAUAAUUUUCCUCCUGUUAUAUAAAAUAUAUAGGCUACAGUAUGUAACCGUUUUUACAGCUAAAUCACUAAUGGAAUAUUUUAUUUUUAUAUAUGUAUGAAAAGCAGAUGGGGCCAUGGGACAGAAUAAGACCUUGCUGCUGCUUUAUAUAUUCUUUUUCUAAUUUAAUCAAACUCAACAACCUGUUAAUAAAAUAAGUUUUAAGAGUUUCUCCUAUCAGAUAUUUCUGUUGUAUGACUGCCCCCUGCUGGGCACUUUGGUUGUUGUAAACAUGAGGUUAAAAAGUCAUAGACGGACCUACAUGAUCUACACCAUCAAUACAAAUCUUUACCUUGUACGUCUCAUUAACAGAGGUUGUUAUUAGAAUAUAAUGUACAGUUUGUUGUUACCAGUGGUUAUAACAAAUGUAUUGCAAUAUCUCUCCACACUCAAAUCUUUGGCCUCUCAGUCAGCUGUGUUGCUGAAAGACUUGUUCUUUAAUACUACUCACUGUAGGCACUGAUGUGACAGCCACUGGGCUUUUUUCACUUUUCUUUUGUGCACACUUGGAUAUGUGGGCCUUCUUAUGAGGCACUCACUUGUCGGCUGUGUCAUUAAAAUAUAUCUUUCUCUAA